AUGUACACACACAAAACCGUUUCGGUCCGCGAGGCCAUGGAUUUGCUCGAUGAUAGAAGGGUCAAGGUUGUCCGUCCUCUCAUCCCACCACAGAUUCUUCUGGAAGAACUUCCCUUAUCUCUCAGAGGAGCACAGACGGUUUUAGAUGGUAGAAGACAAGUGGAGAGUAUCAUAAAAGGUGAUGAUGACAGACUUCUGGUUAUUGUUGGACCUUGCUCGGUGCAUAAUCCUGAACAAGCUUUGGAAUACGCAAAGAAACUAUUGGUAUAUGCCAAAGAAUCAGAAGAGGAUUUGAUGAUUGUCAUGAGGGUAUACUUUGAGAAACCCAGGACAACAGUCGGUUGGAAAGGUCUCAUCAACGACCCCGAUAUGAACGGCUCUUUCCAGAUCAAUCGCGGUCUAAAAAUUGCACGAGGUCUAUUACUUGAGAUCGCAGAGAUGGGUAUGCCAGCCGCUGGGGAGUUUCUUGAUGUCAUCUCACCACAGUAUCUAGCCGACUUGAAUUCGUGGGGAGCUAUAGGCGCUAGGACUACGGAAAGUCAAGUUCAUAGGGAACUGGCUUCUGCAUUGUCGAUGAGUGUCGGCUUUAAAAAUGGGACAGACGGGUCAAUCGACAUUGCUGUAGACGCAAUCAAAGCCGCCGGCUCGGGACACACUUUCCUCUCUGUAACGAAACAGGGUCUCUCAGCUAUCGUUGAGACCAUUGGCAACAACUCUACGCAUGUUAUCCUUCGAGGUUCUUCCAAAGGGCCAAAUUACUCUGCCGAUCACGUAGAGGCAUGUGGAGAAAAGCUCAAGAAAGCCGGUUUGAGCUCUAGGUUGAUGAUCGACUGCUCGCACGGAAACUCCUCCAAGCAACAUCAGAAACAAAUCGAGGUUGGACGGGACAUUGCCGCUCAAUUAACAUCCGGUCCUACAUCGCAAAUGAUCCUAGGAGUCAUGAUCGAGUCUAACAUCAACGAGGGAAAACAAUCCGUCCCUCCAGAAGGUCCAUCCGGACUGAAAUAUGGCGUGUCCAUCACCGACGCCUGUAUCUCCCUUGAACAGACUCUCCCUCUAUUGGACGAGCUUCGUGAGGGUGUGCGGAAGCGGAGAGAAGGUGUAAAGGCCAAAGUUGUCAACGGCUCGCAUUGA